AUGGCCUCAGAUACCAAGACCUUCGCUCAGGCGACCGCCGUAAACCAACUGUCUUCUCAUACGUACGCUGCCAAUUUCCCCGAUGAUUGGUGCAUCGGAUCAGUUCCCCAUGGAGGCUUCGUGACGGCUGUCUUCUUGAGAGUUGCUGAAGCCCACUUCAAGAGCACUCUGGCCGCGCAGAACCAGCCUCAUACAAUAACUCUCCAUCUGGACUUCCUCCGCCGCACUCAGGCAGGCCCUGCCCUCUUUACGGUGCUUGAUACCAAACUUGGACGCCAGACAUCUGUGAUCCACGUCACCCUCUCCCAAGGAGAGUCUCCCAACUCUCGUGAAGAGGUUGUGGGCUACAUUACUCACAGUAACAUGCACACGGAAGAAGGUGUUACGUUCUCCACCGAGUACAAGCUCACGCCGCCCCCUGUCCCAGCGGAUCUUGCUCUCCUAAAACAAGACAAGGACGUUGGAUGGGCUCGACAGGGUGAUAUGCCAUUUGCGUCAUUUCGGAAGGCCACAUCGAAGACGCAAUUCCACUUUCCGCGAGCAGGGCAGAAGCAGCGGGGUAUGGCAGAUGAAUGGAUUCGUCUAAAGACUGGGGAGGGUUGGACAAGUGCGUCGUUGGGGUAUGUCGUUGAUAUGUGGCCCAUGCCAGUAGAGUCAUUUCUCAGUAAAGAGAAUCCGUACGAUAUCACCACGAACAGUGCUGCAGCUAAGCCGCCAGGAUUCUGGUAUCCCACCGUCCUCCUGAACCUGGAUAUCAAGAAAGCUUUACCAGCGGAGGGGGUGGAGUGGCUCUUCGUGAGGGUGGCUACUAAACAGAUAAAAAAUGGGAGAAUGGAUUUGGAGGUCGUGGUCUUUGAUGAAGGGGGUGAGAUAGUGGCGUUGAGCCACCAUGUUGCUCUAGCUGUUGGUUCGGAAAGAAAUCUAGCAAAUCGUAAGACGGGCGCUAGAAUAUAG